AUGGGAUCAAUGUAUAACCAUGAUUAUACCAUCCGUUUCCUUCAUGAUUAUUUCCCCCAACUAUGUCCUGAUCUAAUCCUAGAAAUUAAUCAAUAUCUACCUAUGGAAUAUGUCAUAUUAUGGUUAAUUGAUCUACCUGCCAUUCAAUCUAGUUUACUCGCUCAUUAUAGUAAUACCACCAUCACAUAUGCUAACGAUACACCAUUCACAAGUUCUACUAAUCCUCAAACUAAUGAGAUUUUAUUAAGACGAUUUUUGAAAUAUUUCAUUCCAAGACGGGUAUUUCUUAAUGAUAUUGAUAUUUUAAAAUUACCAUCAACCGUAUUUCAAUGUAAUGAGAUCUAUUUUAAUUGUAAGGAUGAUUUGCAUCCAAAUGAAAUCACAUUUGAAGAUUUAUCAUCAUUAUGUCAGAUUAAAGGAAUCAAAGGUUUAUCAUUUAAAUUAUCAGGUACAACACCUACAAAUACUGAAUCCAAUAUAUUUUAUAACUCCCAAUUAAAAACUUUAAAACAUGAUUUUGAUUCAUUCAGUUUAUGUGAUUAUAAAUUACCCCCUACAUUAGAAACUUUAACUACGAUAUGGUCCCCCAAUAUUAAUUCAUCAAUCAUACCAAACUUAACCAAUUUAACUAUUUUCAUUCCUCCUUAUUUACAUAAUACUUAUCCGGUCACCACUCUUCCAUCCACCUUAAUCAAUUUAGAAAUCAUAUCUCAAUACGGUAAUAAUAGUUUCCCCUUUAUAGUAUCUGAUGAAAAUGAAUGGCCACCAUUAUUACAAUCAGUUAAAGUCAGUCUGCCUCAUGAUACCGUUCCUGAAGUUACGAUUUGGCCUCAUGAUUUACAAACUGCCGAUUUCGGAUGUGGAACAGUAACUUUACCUACCAUUCAAACUUUACCUCAAAAAGUUGAAUCAUUAAGUUUUGGUACCGUUAUGGAAGAUGAUAUUAUUGAUUUCCCGCCUAAUUUACAUACUUUAACCUGUGGAAUUGUCGAUAGAACUGUGUUUUUAAAAUUACCCAUUGGAAGUGCAUUAUUUCAAAAUUUAAAAGUCCUUGAAUUAGUUAAUUCUUAUUUAACAUAUGAAGAAGUUUCUGUUGAUUGGCAUUUAUUCACGGGAUUAGAGUCUUUAACGUUCAAUAGAAGAGAUGUAUCAUCAUUCACCAAAUGUGAAUUACCUCCUCCAAACCUUAUCGAAUUAAAUAUCAUUGAAUGUUAUUAUUCAUUCCAAACUCCAUGGAAAUGGCCUAUAUUCACCAAGAAAUCAGCCUUCCCCAAAUUAACCAAAUUAAAUUUCAAUCUCGUAUCCAUGAUUGAUCUUGUUCCUGAAGUGGUCUUCCCUCCUAAAUUAGAAUACUUCCAAUUCACAUCAUGUGUAUCAAUGUUUUGCGUCACACCCGAAAUAUAUAAUCAUGAACAUUUAACCCAUUUAAAGAUCUUCGAUACUAAUGCGGUUAAAUUCUUUAAUAAUGGUAAGAAUGAUCAAAGAGGGAAAUCGAAUUUACAACAUCUUGAAAUCCUGAGUUAUGUAUUUUCAUUCUACGUGCAUAGUGUCGAGGGUGGAUCGUAUGAUUUAUUAUAUGAUCAAAUCGAAUGGAGAUUCGGAAGACAUAUUAAAAAGAGAUAUUAUGAUUCUCAAGAAACUUAUAUCAUUGAGUUUGAUUCGGAUUUAUAA